AUGGGCUGUAUUUCUGAUAAAUAAAUGAGAAAUGAUAGAAAAACAAUACAACUAUCUUAAAAUGAUAAAUUAUAAUCUUCUUAAACAGUAAAUCAAAUAAUAAUAUCUAUUUAAUAAUUAGUGAUUAAGCUACAAAAUAUAUAUACUAAUAUUAUAAAUAAAAACUAAAAAAUCCCUGAGCACUACGCUAAUUUAGAGCCAUGUAAAAUAUUGUAGAAGUUAAGAGAAAAUGAAUUUUUGAGUGAAUGUGAAAUAAAAAUAAUUGAAUGUAAAUUCAGAUUGAUUUUAACUUAAAUGAAAGAAUCAAUUAAUAAAGCUUCAUAAAUGCUAUUAGAUUUUAACUAAAACAAUACUCUUAACUAGUCAAAUAAGAAAAUCCUCUUAGAAAUUAUAAUGCUUUAUGAGUCAACUUAUAUCAAUUUCUUUAAAUAUCAAGAAAAUAUUGAAUACAAAAAAUUCAUGUAAUUUAUUUAAUCCAAAUGCCCAAAAGAGGAAAAUGAAUAAAGUUUUUCACAAUCAAGCUCUGCAAAUACUUUCAAAUGUUCAUUUUUAACAUAAGACACACUUUAUUGA